AUGAACCGAGCCUGGGCAGUGUUCAAGGCUCACCCGUACAUCGGUAACGUUUUGGGAUACACAACCCUGUUUGCCUCUGCUGACCUCAUACAGCAAAGCCUGCUGGGAGGGAAGCCUGCUGCCAUCUCCACAUCAGAGGAUUCACUGCAGUCGAGCAGCGCAGUUGGCAUCGACUGGUGUCAGACAGGACGAGUGGCGACUGUUGGCUUCUGUUUCCAUGCCAACUUCAACUACCACUGGCUGAGAGCACUGGAGAGAAUGUUACCGGGCAGCAGAGUCAGGAUGGUGACAGCGAAGGUGGUGUUGGAUCAACUGAUCGCUGCUCCUCUCACCAUCAGUGCCUUUUAUAUUGGUUUGAGUUUUCUGGAGAACAAAGAUGACAUUCUCGAAGACUGGAGACAAAAAUUUCUGACAUCUUACAAGGCAGGAGUGGUGUAUUGGUCAACGAUGCAGGCGGUGAACUUUGCCCUCGUCCCCCCUGUGGCUCGAACAGUGUUUCUGGGAGGCAUUGCGUUAACGUUCACAAUCUUCCUGUGUCACUUCAGACAACGAGGUGCACAAAAACAAUGA